CAGGUCUGAAGGGUAGGCCAUUGAGGUUAAUAGACGUGAAGAAAAAAGUACCAGGCAAUAGGUAAAAUCGAAGGAAUUGCGUGUGCAUAUUGUGUGCACAUGCAUCGUUGAAUUAAAGAAAAUUGUUCGUAAGAUUCGUAAUCUAGAAAUUGAUAAAGAUGAACACUGACAGAUUGGUUAAAAUAAGUAGUACAUAUUGUUGAGUGCGUAAAUGUUUACGAAGAUAGUAGAAGUAUCUGUGAAUUGAUGAUUAUUGAGAAAGGGGUAAAUUUCAAGCUUGAUGAAGAGAACGAUGAUACAUAACAGAAGCUUUAUAUUACAAUGGAUUUUGGUAUUGAUAUUCACGGUGACCAUCGUUUAUUUGAAAACAAAACUGAACCUUCUGGAGGAUCAUUACAAAGAAUUACACAAUGCCGUCGUACAAGAAGAAAACAGUAUUCAGACUGGAAUUGAAGCUAGCGAACAUUCUUACAAAUCACCUUUCGAUGAUCUUAUCAUUAUCUACAACAGGGUACCAAAGACAGCAUCGACUAGUUUUGUAGGUCUCGUCUAUGACCUAUGCAAACACAACAAGUAUCACGUUUUGCAUAUUAAUGUUUCUAAUAAUAUGCACACUCUUACGCUUCCCAAUCAGAUUCAAUUUGCAAAUAAUAUAACUAGUUGGAAUAAAAAGAAGCCAGCGUUUUAUCAUGGUCAUGUUGCAUUUUUGAAUUUUGAGAAGUUCGGCGUGAGACAGACACCUUUAUAUAUAAAUCUUUUACGUAAACCUUUAGACAGAUUUGUUUCUUAUUACUAUUUUUUACGAUAUGGAGAUAACUUUAGACCACAUUUAGUUAGGAAAAAACAUGGAGACACUAAGACUUUCGAUGAGUGUAUAAGUGCAGAUCAGCCGGAUUGCAAUCCUGAUAAUAUGUGGCUACAAAUACCAUUUUUAUGUGGACAUGAUCCUGCUUGUUGGGAAAUUGGAAAUAAUUGGGCAUUAGAAGAAGCGAAAAGAAAUUUGCAGAACCAUUAUCUACUGGUAGGAGUGACAGAGGAGUUAACAGAAUUCAUCGAAAUUUUGCAAAUUGUACUUCCACGUUUCUUUAAAGGAGCUUACAAUUCAUUUUUACACAAUAACAAAUCGCAUUUGCGUCAGACUACGCAGAAAAUCAAUCCUCGGCCGGAAACUGUCGAUAAGAUUAAAAAAUCAGUUGUUUGGAAGAUGGAGAACGAAUUGUAUAAUUUUGCUUUAACGCAUUUUCACGCAGUUAAGAAGCGACUCAUAAAUGCCCCGCCUCAAGAUGUGAAUCAGCGAUUUAUGUACGAAAAGAUACGUCCGAAAUAAACUUAAUUUUUUAAGUAAA